AUGGACGCCAUCGCCGUACAAGGAUCCACCCAUGAGCAAGGCCAGAGUCCUUCCGAUGUCAAACGACUUCUGAAGGACUAUAGGCGGCUUGUUGCCUCGAAUGUUGAUCUGAGAGGUUUAGCCGCGCAUACAUUCGCUUCGCUGCUGGUCCAUGAUGACCAUGGAGGUGACUGCUGGCAAGCAAACGAUACGAUCCUGCAGCACGUCAAGUUUUUUCACCGUGAACGCGCGCUCUUCGGAACCAGCACCGAUAUCUACCUGCAAUGGAUAUUGAGGAGGGGCGCCGUAGAGCUUCCCGUCACGAUCCAGGAGAAGGUGCACAUCAAUUUCCGAGACGCUUAUAACUGGUGGUCUUGGGAACCUCUCGGGUCCCGAGUAGGCAUUAUGUCGAAUACCACUAACCUUUCGCUCCCUGCCCAUCACGACAUAGCGCGUAUACUUCACCCCGCCAGCGGGAACCCCGUGCUCCCAUAUGAGUUAAAGGACGACACAGCUCCAUCUCCCUGGUUCCUGCACUGGUGCGAGAAAUUGGAAGAGGCACAGGAGCUCUUGUUCUUCAUGGAGAACCCGGGUCUGCCUACAGCCGAUCCACCCUGCUCUUUGGCGCUGGAGGAGGGGUUCGUGAUAGUCUAUCAGCGGUGUUUCGGGAGGAAAUUGGAUAGCCGUGAGCAGCUGGAGAGGCGCAUGAACCGCUCGAGCGUGAUGUGA